AGGUUAAACUUUGUUUUCAUUCUGUGGAUCUCAAUGACAUUUGUGUGCUUGGGUUACCCCGUUGUCCCUUCCAUGAGCAGCAAUCCUUUUUAUUUGAACUGCCAGCUGUAUGGAAAAUCUGAUUACUGCCUCGUCCUGUUGAAUAACUGCUUAGCCAAGGUGGGCAGGAACGAAGAACUGGCUUUUUUAAAGCCUUACCUGGAGAUGCCUUUCAAGAAAAGGUCCUUCCGCAACGGCGUUGGAUCGGGAAUUAAAAAAACUUCCUUUCGAAGAGCAAAGUCAUAA